CGAACCACUGAAGUCGCUGGGGACAGCUUUUAGGAACCGAGGGGGUCGUGUAGUAAUUCGAACUCAAGAGCUGGCGCAAAUUCAAAAACUGGUGGCUGCUGAAUACUGAAGGCCUAGCUCUUUGUUGUAAAUAUAUACAUCUUUUGAACUUUCCUGUCGCGUUCUGCUUCUCACCUCACCCCGUGUGCUUGAUAUCUGAUACUGUCUGUGUUAUUCUAUUAUACCAGUUUGGCCUUGUGGAAGUGACCACUUAGUAUUAUAAAAUAGUUGUUUUGUAGUUUUGUUUAAAAGCGCAAAUAGUGCUCCGAUGAUCGAAUAGAAUUAGGUGGUUGUUUCACGUUAUCAGUUCCUAACCCACAAGGCAGCAGAUAGAUGUUAGAGGGGUGCAUUUCUGUGGCGCUUUGCGAUCAGAAUAGGUUCAUGUGCGUUGUAUUCUUUCACUUCUUCGUGGCUAUAGAUACUCUUGGCUUGGGUAUCAACAUUCCAGGCUUUUGCCAGAUAGUAAAAGUUGCACAUUUGCAAUCAGUCAUAUGCUCGUAACUCUGCGUUAGGGCAAUUCUUGGGACAAACCAGGGUCUGUCCACACUAGGUCCAGGAGGGGGUAGUUUCACUAUGACUGUCGUAUUCAUUGUGGAGGUAGCUAAUGUGAUAUGCAGUCUGGAUUGUAGUGAUAUCCGAAAACUCUAUUAAAAACUAUGCAAUGGUGAGAUUAAUGGAAUAAUUUUUUUGUAUUUCAUUUAGAACUUGGUGGUAAUGGCACUUAUGACUAUGAAUAAGGAAAAACUCACAUACACUUCCAACUACUGUGAGGAGAAUGCAUAUAAACUCUUGGAAUACUUGAGCGAAUCUGGUACCUUGAACAACGCAUAUGUAGUUUUUGUGUCCAAUAUGAAUAAAUCUGUUGGUUUGUUUGCACAAGUUAAAGGGGAUCCCCAGGUGGACCGUUUAAUUGUUUGGGAUUAUCAUGUAUUUCUUAUUCACGAACUUUCGUCUAAAUAUAUGGUGUACGAUUUCGACUCAGUCUUGCCCUUCCCUUGUUCAUUUACUCAUUAUUUCACUCAUGGAUUGAGAUGGAAUAGCUGCCUUCCUGAAAAACUACACAGGUACUAUCGUGUUAUCCCACAUGUUGAUUAUCUGAAUUAUUUUUCAUCAGACCGUAGUCAUAUGCAACGUGAAGAUGGCAGUUGGUUAUCUCCACCACCACCUUAUGAUUGUAUUUUCGGGAGAAAUGCAGCUUCACCGAAUACUUUACCCUUCUACUUGGAUAUGACGAUAAACACAAAUGCUGAGAAUUCAUUUUCUUCCUCAGGUGUUUAUGGCUCCGUUCUAACUGAAAGUAGCUUUCUAAAGAAAUUUUCGGGGGACUAGUGUACUUCUAUUCUCGUAUGUAAAUAGAUUCUUAAUACUUGAAUAAAUAUAGUUUUUUAUUUGUUCUGAGAACAAAAACACCUGUUGAUUGUAAUAAACUGUGAUUCGAUCAAAAGUUUUAGUAGCAAAUUCUUUUUAU